AUGGCACCAAUCUGGGAAGUCGUGGGUGGCGUGGACAAGGGUGGGAUCCUGGUGCGAGCUGGCCGUGAGCUCUCGUCCCCCGAAGAGUCCAGCCGCCUGUCCACUGGCGCGCUGAUCCGCCAGGAGGAGCUGCAGGGCGAACGGCUUCGCUACACACGGCUGCAGGGCACCGGGCCGCUCACCGGAUGGGCCGCUUGGCGCAGCAACAGGACGGACAAGGUCAGGAAGGAUUCCAUCCAUGGUCUGGCGCCGAACCGCAUGGGUUCUGAUGUCCACGCUAAUAUGGGUUCCAAACAGCGGGAGAAUACUCCGACAGAAGUUCAAGACAUUCCAAAACCUCUUGACCCUGCUCAUUUGAUGAAGCAUGGACCUGUAUUUGGACUCCUUCGCUGUAGGGCAAAGCCUUUGGAUGCCCCGCCCAGAAAAACUAGGGAGGCCCAUGUUUUCCUUGACAAUAGAAUGCAAUAG